AGCCCUGGGAGACAGGGAGCUUUAUGCCUCAGAGGUAUCCAAACUGAGAAAUGAGGAAGCCAGAAUACUUAUUCACCAGCUCCCACCCAUCACUGGUUGAAGACUGCUCCUGGCAUUUCCAGCCCAGGCCCCUAGAGAAAAACCAAGAAAGGUUGCCGGUGUUUGCAGUCAGAGGCUGUGAAUAUGCAAAGGAAUGGCAGAGGACAUGCGAACAGCGUACCAACUGAGGCAUGAAAGUUAAUGAGCUCCACCUUUGGCCUGGGUUAGAAAAUUUCACUGUGGCCUUGGCAAGGCCCGCGCCAACACCAGGACGUUAAAGAGAGCCCACGUUGAGAGCCAGGAGGAACAAAGGACAUGGACCACGUGUCUCGCAGGCUGAGAGCUUUCCUCUCUGAACCCAUCGGAGAAAAGGAUGUUGCCUGGGUGGACGGGAUCAGCCAUGAGCUGGCAAUCAACUUGGUCACCAAAGGUUUCAACAAGGCUUACGUCCUGUUGGGACAGUUCCUCCUGAUGCACAAGAGGGAAGCCGAGUUUCAGAAGUGGCUCAUCUGUUGCUGCGGAGCCACCGAGUUUGAGGCCCGGGAGUGUUCCAACUGCCUGAAGGAAUGGUGCGCCUGCUUCCUGUAGACCCAGCCUGGCCAUGAGCCGCCUCCUGUUAAACAAUGCCUCUGCAUCGA